UGCAUAACGGCGCCGUCGGGCCGGUCCCGGCGGCCGCGCAUGCGCAGCGGCAGCGUCGCCCUUCCGUUCUGCCGGUCCCUCCGCGGGCAGUGCCGCGGGAGCCGGGCUGCCCUUUCCCCUGCUCCUCCGCUUCCCGGCGCCCGGCCGGUGCCUGCCGCGGCUCCGGGGGCCGCCCGGCAGCCGCGCCCGCAGCCCCAUGGAGGAGCCGCUGGCCCUGCACCCCGUGAAGCUCUACGUGUACGACCUGUCCAAGGGCAUGGCCCGGCGCCUCAGCCCCCUCAUGCUGGGGAAACAGCUGGAUGGUAUCUGGCACACUUCCAUAAUAGUCCAUAAGGAUGAAUUCUUCUAUGGAAGUGGAGGAAUCUCCAGCUGUGCACCUGGAGGGACACUUCUUGGUCCCCCAGACUCAGUUGUUGACCUGGGGAACACUGAAGUCACAGAAGAAAUUUUUCUGGAGUAUCUUUCCUCUUUGGGGGAAUCCAUGUUUCGAGGAGAGUCUUACAACCUCUUUGAACAUAACUGCAACACCUUCAGUAAUGAAGUGGCACAGUUCCUGACAGGAAAAAAAAUCCCUUCCUACAUCACUGACCUUCCAGCUGAAGUUCUUGCCACACCGUUUGGACAAGCUUUAAGGCCCCUCCUGGACUCCAUCCAGAUCCAGCCACCCGGAGGAAACACCUUCAGCAGACAUAAUGGACAGAGCUAACAGGAGUGACCCAGUGUGCCCAGCCUCAUCAGGCCUCUUCCUUUUUAAACAUGAAUCUACCAGAUUUCUAUUUUAUAAUUUCCCAUCAGAAUUAACUCUACAGAAGUUACAAGACAAAUUUUAAAAUUUCCUGGGAAGAGGAUUUAUCAGGGUGCAUGUAAGACAAUGCUACCAAAAGGAUUGCCAUAAUUUCUAAUAGUAUUGUACUAAUUUAUAAAGGCUGUCUUGUGUAAGUAGGCUGACACUUUUUAAGUAACUCUCAUGCUGGUAAGUGGGAAUUCAUUCCAUGAGCAUUCAAGAGCCCAUUACACAAUUUGGAAUAAAUAAGGGGAUGUCCUAGGCAUCCCUGGCAGGCUUUUGUCUCUUUCUCCUGUCACAGCCUAUAUUAUGGGGGUACAUGCUGAAGUCUGUAGUCAGAAGACAAAGGAAGUGCUGGUAACCUAGGAAGUGAAGGUGUCCCAGGAUUAGUCUUCUGCAUAUUUCGUUGACAUUGUGUUACUUGCUCAGGGGAAAAGCUGAACUUAUCUGGUCAGAAUAUUUACAGUGGCACAGCUGUGUGGGAAAAGUGAUCAAGCUGAACUGUGUGUCAGUGUCACGCCCAAAAGUUGAAACUUUCAGUGUGACUAGCUGUGUGUGGGAGGGGGGCUGGAACUCGUGGUUAAUGAGAGCCUCCUAAUGUUAGAGUUAUGGGAAAGAAAUGGCUGAAAUAAUAGAAUCUCAUGAGCAGAAGUGGUGGAAACAAAUUUCAGGUGAAAGUAAAAUUAAGUUGUAUGUUUCCUUUUCUUGCAUGUAAGCUAAUCAGCAGAUAGACGAACCUUGUUAACUAUGUACCUUUUACAUAAGAACUGUUUGUUUUUUCUUACCAAGCCAGAGUUACAGUACAGUAAGGCAGGAAUAGCUUGGCAACUGCACAACAAUGUAAGGUGGACCAGUUCCACCUCCAAUAUCUAGUUGCAGACACAGUAGGAGUUCCAGCUUGCUUGGAUGCUGCUGUCCUUUCCAAAGCAGUCAAGCACAUCACAGGGCUCUUGCUUCAGUGUUAAGACAAAUAGAUGGGAGGUCUCCCCAAAUGGAAAGAAAAUGAGGAAAUUAAGCUUUUCUAUGGAACAAUUGAAUUUAUUGGGACACCUGCAGAAGCAGUCCUGUCCUUAGAUUGACAUUAGAUCGUAUCAAUACUGCAUCUUCUAGUUUAAGAUUCUUACAGCUUUGCAGUCAUUUGCAGUUCAAAAAGAUUAGGGGAAUGAAAGAAUAGGCACACUGGUUUCUUUUUAUGCAUGUAUAUACACUAUUUUCCUGAAUUUAGGAAGGAACACAAGACAGACUUUGAACAAACUCCAAAACAUUGCUGAUGCUCCAUAAAUAUGGAUUGUACAUCCCAGAUGCUGCUGGAAAAGCAUCUAUGCAAAUGUAUAGUCCUUUGUCCAAUGCUUUGUUGUGAAAAGUGUUGCUGCAAGUUCAGUCCUGCAUCUCAGACCUCCUGCACUGGAAACUACCUGCAUACCUAAAGAAGAUGUCUUUUCUCUGAUGGGCCCUUUCUUCCAGAUGAAUGCAAUCUGAUAAAUUUAUCACACUUUUACACAGUGUGGAUGUCGCGAGCUGGUACCGGGGGGCUACUAUAGUGGCUCAUAUUUUUGAGGGGAUGGAACGGAGGAGAAGUGCAACAAAUACUCUGUUGCCCUGCACUGUGUGGAGUUACUACACAAGUGGAAACAGAAUACUGUCAGUCCAUUUUGCAGUUUUGUGUGUACCUGUUCUUGGUGCACAGCAGUGGCCCUUGCAGCCUAGAUUUUUUUUUUCCUUGUCAUUCUCUGCUUGUGCCAUCAACUUCUCCUUAAGCAUUUAAUUUGAGGGACUGGACCUGGAGACAACUGUAGCUGUUAGUACAGAUGGGCUUAUGCAAAAGCUUUCAAUUUUUCACCAUCAAAAUGUCCUGUUUGCAGAAAGCAUGCUAUAAUAAAUCAUUUAUUAAUGCCCUUUGGUGCUCCUGGAUGGAUGGAUGGAUUGGUGUUUGUUUCCUGCUAAAGCCAUAGCUUACUUUUCCUUUGAAGUAUGUGUACCCUUUUAAGCCCUUUUCCCCAUGCCUAUUCUGUCAAGAGUUACCAGUCUCUCAUCUUAAUACACACAUGACUGUGCCACAAAAUGCUAUAGCAUGUUAGAGAUUUUGGAGCUUGCUCACUUGAACAGGUAUACUUGAGUGGAUGCCGUGCAGCCCAUCUAGGUAUGCUAGUUUGGCACCUGCAAGCAGUAUAGCUCUGCUUGCUUAUCUUUCAGCAAACUAUGCUUUCAGGCACAGCUGCCUGUAGUGGAAGCACUGGUGCCACAGUUUCUGUCCCACACUCUUGCAAUGAGGAUAUCCCCUGUAUGUCCACUUUAGAGGACCUGAGCCUGGUUUCUGCUUGGCUGCCUACUUCAGAACUUCUUACAUCGUUUCAGGAGGCAGGUAAGAAGAGGAACGUCUUCAUGGAUUUUGCACUCUUGUCUUUUCCCCUCCUGAGCAGCCUCUUUGCAGAGAUAAUGCUGCUACUUUAAGGUCACUGGGUAAAAUUUCACUCAGCCACAUGCUGUUCGCAGUAGCCAAGGGUCUUCUGAGGGUCUUCCGGGCUCAGGACCUACUCUGUGUUUCGUGGCAAAAGAACUGUAGGAGGGACUCCUGUUUACUUGGUCUUACAGGGUAAGGAGACCCCUGUACCCUGUAUAGGACUCUUAGGAAACCCAUUUCCUCCAGAGAUGGUUAGAUGCAAAUUGCAGGACUGUGCCCCAAGCAUUCCAAUGAGCCAUACCUACUCAUAGGAAUAUAGACUAGGCAGAGAGCUGUGUGUAAGUGUAUAUAGGUGAUGAACUGCAGCCAGCUGAUCGACAAAGGGGCAGGGAAACUGACCUCCUGAAGGGGAACAGAACCGUUUUGCCCACACCUCCUAUUCUGUCUUGUAUUGCUGGGGUUCCCCCGUGCCAUUUUAAAAAUGUUAAUAAUGUCUUUAGGCAGAAAGUGAUGUUUUGAUUUAUUUGUGGGUUUUUUUUUUCUAUUACAAUAAAAAGAAAUACAGCAA